GCAUGCGCACACGGCCUCCCCUCCACAGCGCACGCGUCGUUUCCCCGCGGCGCCGCUCUUGUUGGAUUUUUUCCGUUGUAGGCGCGGGAAGCAGCUUUAUAUACAUCAUCAUAUACCACACCGGAGUGACGUCACCGUGAUGAGCAGCUGAUGGUCAUGACGUCAGAGAAGAAGAAGAAGACGAUGGCUGCGGGCAGCGGGGGCCCCUCGGACAAUAAGAACACCCUGAAGAAGACCAAGUUCGACCUGCGGAUCGUGCAGUCCUACCUGUUCCGUGCCCGUGAGGAGCGCCCCCUGCUGAGCAUCCCUGUGGGGGAGCUGGAUGAGCACCUGUCCACCUUCAUCCGCACCCACCGCAAACCGGAUGGCACGGAGUACGAGGCGGGCACGCUGCGCGGCAUCCUGGGUAGCCUGGACCGCCACUUCGAGAAGAGCGGCUACCCACACGCCAUCUACCGCUCCAAGGAGACCAAGUUCAAGAAGACGGUGAGCGCCAUGAGGGAGCGCCAAUCCUACCUGAGGAGCCAGGGCCGCGGGGCCAACACCACCCCCGGCCACCAGGCGGAGCCCCUGAGCGAGCGCGACAUCGAGCGCCUCUACGCCACCGGCGCCAUCGGCCUCCACAGCCCCACCGCCCUCCUGCACAUGCUCUUCUUCAACAUGGGCCUCCACUUCAGCCUCCGCACCCUGGAGCAGCACGCCCUCCGCUGGGGCGACAUCGCCCUCAAGUCCGACCCCCAGGGGCGCAAGUACCUGGAGCACACCAAGAAGCUGGGGGCCGGCGGCCGAGGAGGGGGUGCACAGCGCCUGCACCCAGGACACACCAUGAGGAUGCAGAUCUACGAGAGCCCUGAGCAGCCCGACCGCGACGUGGUCAAGGCCUACGAGAAGUACGCCGGCGAGCGGCCCGACAAGAUGAAGGCCAAGGACGCCCCCUUCUACCUCACCCCGCAGCCCGAUCACCGACCGGGGUACGCCCGAUGGUUCAAGAACAUGCCGGUGGGCGAGGCCAGGAUCAGGGGCAUCAUGAAGCACCUCAAGAUGGCCGCCGCCGGGCUGACAACGCAGCAGCGGGGGACGGAGGAGGAGGAGGAGGGGGGCGAGCCAGUGAAUGGCGCCAGGAGCAACGGGCACGCCAUGAAGAAAGAGGAAGAGGAGGCGCCGUGUAUGGAGCCCGACCCCUGCGGAGCCGUCAUCAAGGAGGAAUGGGAGGAGCCUGUGGAGCUGGGGCCCGAGGAGAAGAACCUGAUCCCCGGCCGGGGGCUGGUGACCUUCCAUGACGUGGCGGCUUACUUCUCGGCCAAUGAGUGGAGGCGGCUGGAGGACUGGCAGAAGGAGCUGUACCGGAACGUGAUGAGGGAGAUACACGCCGCCCUAGAGGGCAUGGGAUAUAAGAUCAUGAAUGGAGACGUCCUCCUGAAGAUCAGAGACGAGCAGGAGAGGGGCCCUGACCCCGGGCAAGCACCAGGGGGCAGCAUCACCCCGGACAUCCUGCUGAGGAUCAGACAUGACAGCGAAGGAGACGCCGAGGAGCCCGAGGAGGAGCAAGACGCAUCCAGCCCCAGUCUCCCGGGGUUUGAUCCGGACCUUUCCGUCUGGUCUCCAAAAGAGACGAAUCCUCCGGAGGACGGCAAAGAGCAGACUCCGCCCUCUGACCCAGAUGCAGACAUCAUCUCCCUGUCUCAGCCCUCCUUCUCCUCGUACCGGGAGCCUUUACCAGGUAUCUCCACGCUUUGUGUCAGUACCCGACCCCGUCCGGGGAAGAGGAAGCGGCGCCCCCCUCAGAGGCGGAGCUAUGAGCAGAUGCCGGACUCUGAAGAUGACAAUGCUGAUGAAGGCGAUCCCAAGCCUCGGCUACCGCGCCGAAAACUUCCCGCCGAGGGUCAAGACGACUGUAUGUCCCAGGAAAAGAUCUUCCAGUGCGACCUAUGCGAGCGGACCUUUAGUGACCGGACCACCCCCCUCGGGACGUUACUCUCCUGCCCUCAGUGCGGGGGCACCCUGAACCAGCUGUCUGACACCUUCUCUAAGACGAUCAAUGUCCAGGACACCGGCCCAAAUCUGGGCUUCCCCUGCCACCUGCAGGACCCGGUGGGGUGAGUGUCCUGGUGGGGGCGCCCUCUCCCCAUCCACACUGGAUCAUAAUUUAUUCCUGGGUGCGGAGGGCACAGUCUACCUUCUAUAGUUCUGCCCGCUCCCGCCAUGUUGUAUCGUCCAGCAUUGACUAUGACGAUGGUUUAUGGGGCCAGGACCAUGUUGGGGCCACAGCUGUGCCUUAUAUAACAUCCCCGUCUUCCUUCUAUCACCUCAUUGGUUGCACCGCUGGAUUUUAUUUGGGCCCCGGUUUCGGUCAGCGGACGUCCCUUGGCGCACGGAGCGGUGCUGGACACGGCUCUGAUAGGGCCGGACAGGAUUUACUUAGGGCAUUUCUAUUGGGAGACUAUGUGGGGGCCCCGCGGUCAUUUCUGCAGCAUUGGUCAGUAUUAUGUGUGAGGCCGCGGGCACAGCGUUGUUUUUAACCCUUUACUGUUUUAAAUUUUUUUAAUGUUAAACACUGGACUCUCUUAGUGUGUGGAGAUGUGAUGAUAAAAACCCACCCCUAGGGGGAGCGAGAGAGCCUUCUCAUUGUCCUGCUCUAACACUACAGGUGGACAUGAUGAGGAGAUCUUAUCCUCCAGAGCUGCACUCACUAUUCUGCUGUUACAUCAUGUCUUAUCCUCUAGAGCUGCACUCACUAUUCUGCUGUUACAUCAUGUCUUAUCCUCCAGAGCUGCACUCACUAUUUUGCUGUUACGUUGUGUCUUAUCCUCCAGAGCUGCACUCACUAUUCUGCUGCACUAUAUUAUACACCUGCACUCAUUAUUCUCCUGUCAUAUCUUCUGACCCCAGAAUUGUGAAUGGAUGAGACAUGACGUGACAGCAGAAUAGUGGGUGCAGCUCUGGAGGAUAAGACCUGAUGUAACAGAAGAAUAGUGAGUGCAGCUCUGGGGAUAAGACAGGAUGUAACAGAAGAAUAGUGAGUGCAGCUCUGGGGAUAAGACAGAAUGUAACAGCAGAAUAGUGAGUGCAGCUCUGGAGGUGAUUAGGAUUAUACAUGUAACAGUUAAAGAGUGAGUGCAGCUCCAGAGGUGGCCGGAGUGUUAAAGGGGUUUUUGUGAGUGGGCACAAAACACAUAUAUACUACUGGGGAUGUAGUGACACUAAAUAAAGCCGCUCCUACCUCCCCGCUGGUCAGAGACGAAGGCUCGGUGCAGGACCUGUCCGGUACAGCCGUGAGCCAUCUCAGCCGGCAGCCCAGCCAAUCACCGCACGAGAUGGAGGUUGGUGAGUACAGCUUUUAGUUAAACUGCAUGUACCUAAAAUUAUAUAUAUAUAUAUAUAUAUAUAUAUAUAUAUAUAUAUAUAUAAUAUAAUAUUCCUCACCCCUCUAAUUUUAGUCAUGAAAAGUAAGUGCCCCCUGCAGAUCUGUUGUCAUUCAUCAGGGUGUCAGUAACCAUGCUGCGCUCAGCACCAACAGAUAUAACCAAUGACUACUACAGGCAAGAGAUAGAAGUAAGUGCCCCCUCCCAGGAUUGGUCCGCUGCCUUUGUCAUGUGUCCUGGGGGUCUGGAGAUGUUUUGCUCGGCUCGUGUGAGAGCGGUUUCUGCAGUCCUGAAGAUGAAGACUCUGUUGCGGAUUCGCAGCUACACUUGAGAUUAUUGUCCUGAUGGGUGUCCCUGCUCGUGUCCCUGUUCAGCUGCUGGGCAGAUGUUGUAGUCACCAGGGUGCGGUUGUAUGAAGCGCUGUGUGGGUUUGGCAGACAUGGUCAUCGGACAUCACUGGUUCCAGACCUGAUGCAAGGCGCUCCGGGCGCCCUGCGUCGGGUCUGAAAACGGUGAUGUCCGGAUGAGCAGUUGAAGUGAAGUCGGCCGACUGAAGCCUAGCGGUGAGUGCGAUUUAGUGACUUUGUUCUUUCUGGUUCCCUGCACCGCCGGAUCGGCACACUCAGGACUUCAGUCUCCCGCUGUGGUAGAGGUACCGCAGCCGAGUGACCCUGACUACUCUAUAAUAACAGUGCCACUAUACCUUUUGAAGUUACAUCCCUCAGUGUGAGUUUGCUUGGUUUUACGCGCUGUGUAUGGUGCUGCGCAGGAGCAGAAGUCGUCCCCAUUGUUGUCCCCCAACAUUUGGUUGUAUGAAGUGUUUAGAUGGACACGCUGUAUACGGCACUGUUCAGGAUCAUAAAAUGUCUCCAUUGUCCUCCCCAACCUGUGGGUACAGUUGUAUGAAACGUUUAAAUGGGCAUGCUUUAAACGGCACUGUUCAGGAGCAGGAGACGAUCCCAUUGUUGUCCCCCAACAUUUGGUUGUAUGAAGUGUUUAGAUGGACACACUGUAUACGGUAGGGAUCGACCGAUUAUCUGUUUGGUCUAUAUUUUCGGCCAAUAUGAACGAUUUUGGACAUUAUUUGGACAUUAGUGCAGGUGUAUGAAGUGUUUAGAUAAACACGCUGCUUAUGGCACUGGUCAGGAGCAGAAGACGUCCCCAUUGUUGUCCCCCAACAUUUGGUUGUCUGAAGUGUUUAGAUGGACAUGCUGUAUACGGCACUGUUCAGUAUCAAAAGACAUCUCCAUUGUUGUCUCCUAACAUGCAGUUCUAUGAAGCAUUAAGAUGGACGUGCUGUAUACGGCACUGUUCAGGAUCAGAAGAUGUCUCCAUUGUAGUCCCUCAAUCUGCGGGAGCCGUCGUAUGACUUUGCUCAGGAUGACACGCUGUAUACGGCACUGUCUCCAUUGUCCUCCCCAAGCGUGUGGGUACGGUUGUAUGAAACGUUUAGAUCAUUGUUUCCCAACCAGGGAGUCUCCAGAUUUUGCAAAACUACAUCUCCCAGCAUGCCCGGACAGCCGUUGGCUGUCCGGGCAUGCUGGGAGCUGUAGUUUUGCAGCAGUUGGAGGUUCUCUGGUUGGAAAUCACUGGUUUAAAUAGACACGCUGUAUACGGCACUUUAGGUUCAGAAGACGUCUCCAUUGUCCUCCCCUAACGUGCGGGUCCAGUUGUAUGAAAUGUUUAGAUGGACACGCUGUAUACGGCACUGUUUAGGUUCAGAAGACGUCUCCAUUGUCCUCCCCAAACGUGAGGGUGCAGUUGUAUGAAAUGUUUAGAUGGACACGCUGUAUACGGCACUGUUUAGGUUCAGAAGACGUCAUUGCCCUCCCCAAACGUGAGGGUGCAGUUGUAUGAAAUGUUUAGAUGGACACGCUGUAUACGGCACUGUUCAGGAUCUGAGGAAGUCAUUGCCCUCCCCAAACGUGAGGGUGCAGUUGUAUGAAACGUUUAGAUGGACACGCUGUACACGGCACUGUUCAGGAUCUGAAGACGUCAUUGCCCUCCCCAAACGUGAGGGUGCAGUUGUAUGAAACGUUUAGAUGGACACGCUGUAUACGGCACUGUUCAGGAUCUGAAGGCAUCUCCAUUGCCCUCCCCCAACGUCCAGGAGCUGUUGUAUGAAUGUGCUCAGAUUGACACUGUAUAUAGCGAAGCGCAGUAUAUAGUUCCAGCUGUCACAGGCAGAGGGCACUACCACCGUGCAGUUUCCUAGACACACGAUAGUGCGGCGUUACCAACAAGUCACACAGCCAUUGGUCGCUUUGGUUUUGUUACUAACCGGACUAUUUGUUACUUAGUAAAAAUGGGGACUUGCAGGAGGCACUUACUUUUCCCUAUAGUAAAGUAAUGUUUUUAGGUUUAACCCGAAAUCUGAAGUAUUUCCUAUUUACUCGGCCCAAAGCAGCUGCCAUCUUUUAUUUCUGCUGUGUCCGCCGCCCACAUAUUGGGAGCAUUUCCGUGCGCAGUAUUAGUAGUAGUUUGUUUGACAGGUGUAGAAUGCCCCCCCCCCAAAUUACUGACAGGGUCUCCUCUUGGGGUAAAUCCUCCACUUGAGGUCACCAGCGCCCCCGUGUGUCAGUGGUGACCUCCUGCACUCCCGUAUUGGUGUCGUUCGGCCCAAGAAUUGGUGGAGAUGAUCACAUGACAUCUGCAUUCAUCCGGGGUGGAGAAAUGAUGGGGGUUGUAUAUACUACGGAGCAGGCAUUGACAGUAGGGGGCGCUGUCCUACCAAUGUAUUAUUAUUGAUGUUUCCUGAAGGAAGAAGCACACAGUUUUAUACGACUCCCACAACACUGAAGAAUAAGGGGCACUGGAUGGACACGGGUGGGGGGCACCAACCACACGUCACCCGCUGCCUCUAUAUAAGGUGACUCUUGCUUCCUACGAGGUCAUGGUCUGGACUGAGAUGUCUCUGAUCACAGACCCCGAGGAGGCUCCAUUAUAGAACAGUCCAUUGUUUUCUAUCUUCACCUUUUCUAACGUCCCCGACCUGUAGAGAAAA